CGCCUCGGCGAGCACCACCUGCGGCCGCUCUUCGCCCUCCUCAGCACCAGCGACCGGGAGCAGGUGUCUGCGUGUGUUUCCAUCCUGGAGAGGCUCCUGCAGGCCCUGGAUCCGCUGUAUUUGAUCCAGAACCUCCGGGAAGAGUUUCAGAAAGGGCUUUUCCACCCUGAUGACUCCGUGAAGAUCCUGACCAUCUCGCAGGUUGGGAGGAUUGUUGAAAACUCAGAAGCUGUGACAGAAAUUCUCAACAGUCCUGAGCUGUUAAGGCAAAUAAUCAACUGCAUUGGUGGGGAGAAGAUAGCAGUGGCUAAGGAGGCCAUCAAGUCUCUCUCCAGAAUAGCCCAGACACAGGAUGGCUUAGAGGCUUUGUUUGUCAGCAAUUUGCUGAGUGACCUGAAGAAUGUGAUGGCCACGAGUGAUGUCGUUCGCUACAGAGUGUAUGAGUUAAUUGUUGAGAUAUCUUCAGUGUCAGCAGAGUCCCUGAAUUACUGUGCAAACAGUGGGUUAAUAGCUGAGUUAAUUGGAGAGCUGACUGGAGAUGAUGUGCUCGUCAGAGCCACCUGCAUAGAGAUGGUGACGUCCCUGGCCCACACCCCCCAUGGACGUCAGUAUCUUGCUCAGCAAGGAGUGAUUGAUAAAAUAUCAAACAUCAUCCUUGGUGCAGAGUCUGAUCCUUUCUCAGGCUUCUAUUUGCCAGGAUUUGUGAAGUUCUUUGGGACUCUGGCUGUGGUGGACAGUCCCCAGCAGAUCUGCGAGCGAUACCCUGUCUUCAUGGAGAAAGUCUUUGAGAUGGCAGAGAGUCAGGAUCCAACCAUGAUUGGAGUGGCUGUGGACACACUGGGAAUCCUGGGAUCAAAUGUGGAAGGCAAACAGGUUUUACAGAAAACCAGAAGUAGAUUUCAAAAUCUGUUGAGCAAAAUAGGACACCAGGCCAAGAAUGCCCCCACCGAGCUGCGACUUCGGUGCUUGGAUGCCAUUUCAUCCCUUCUUUACUUGCCUCCAGAGCAGCAGACAGAAGACCUUUUGAGAAUGACUGAAUGCUGGUUCACAUCCCUGUCCAGUCACCCCCUGGAGCUGUUCAGGAGCAUCAGCACUCAGCCCUUCCCUGACCUCCACUGUGGGGCUUUGAGGGUGUUCACUGCUAUUGCAAAUCAACCAUGGGCCCAGAAGCUGAUGCUGGACAGCCCAGGGUUUGUGGAGUACAUCGUGGACAGAUCUGUGGAGCCUGACAAAGCUUCCAAGGAUGCUAAAUAUGAACUGGUUAAGGCCCUUGUGAACUCCAAAACAAUUGCAGAGAUCUUUGGGAAUCAGUAUUACCUGAGGCUCAGGGCUUACCUGCAUGAGGGCCCUUACUAUGUUAAGGCAGUUUCUACUACAGCUGUGGAAGGAGCAGAAUAA